AUGGCGCCCAACGAGCUCGCCGAUGUAGCGGCUGACGCCUCGUCGGGCGGCUCCUUCACCCUGUUGAAGCAGCAGCUCGAGCUCGACUUCAGUUUUGCACCGCGCCGCGUCAAGGGCCUCACCACGCUCGACAUUCAGCCGGACAAAGCGCAUCUUCGGGAUAUUACACUGAACUGCCGGCAGCUGAGGCCGACGAGCAUCAAGAUCGAAGGAGAAAAAGCCGCCUUUAGUUACUCGAACCUGCACCAGCGCCUGACGUUAUACCCCGGGACCGGUCUCGAACAAUAUCACUACGCGAAAGAACGGAUUGCGCGACAUACACAGGGCGCAGAAGAUGAGCUGGUCAUUAUUGUGCCUGACAAGGUCAAAAUCCGGGAAGUGAAGCCCUCGGAGGCUGGCAUGACCGACGACGCGCAGGGUACCUUUUAUGCGCCGAUGAAGCUGGAGAUCGAAUACGAACUGGACGACUUUCGGGACGCGCUGCAAUUUGUCGGAGUGGAGGAUGGAGAUGCCCGGUACCCACAUGCCUACACGCGCAACUCGUCCUUUCCCGGUGCGGCGUCGUGUCUCUUUCCGUGCAUAGACGACGGCGAAACGCGCUGUCUGUUCGAUGUGUCCAUCCGCUAUCCGCGAACACUGGGAGAUGCGCUCAGCAAAUCGAAUGCGCAGGUGCAGGCGCAGGCACAGGGAGUGGAAAAGGCAGAUAGUGUCAUGCUGGAUGCGGACGAUGAUCAGGUCGACUUGUCCGAGGAAGAAAAGGCCAUGGAGAUGCAAGUUAUCUGCUCCGGUACCCUAACAGACGAUAUUCUCGAUCCCACCGACUCUUCGCGAAAGACAGCCAGCUUCUCGUGCGAUACCCUUGUCCUCCCACAGCAUAUCGGCUUCGUAAUCGGUCCCUUCGAACAUGUCGAUCUCUCGGAAUAUCGCGACACACUUGAUGACGAGCGCUUGGGAGAGAAUGCCAUCAAAGUUCACGCGUUUUGUUUGCCAGGCAAGGAGAAUGAGGUCAGGAACAGUGCCAUGAUGCUGGCCCGAGCUCUCGACACCUUCACCGAGCGCUUCCAGAGUUAUGCAUUCGGCAACUCCUACAAGCUGGCAUUCGUAGACGAUUUAGAAUGGGACACCGCGCACACGGCCUCAUUCUCUAUCUGUAGCUCUCGCCUACUCUUUCCGGAGACUGUCUGGGAGCCACUGGAGCACACGACCAGGGUCUUGGUGCAUGCAGUAGCCAGCCAGUGGAUAGGCGUUGACGUGAUUGCACACAACCCAGAAGAUCACUGGAUCAUCGUUGGUGGAUCGUGGUUCAUGGCUGAGCUCUACCUGCGAGAGCUGUUCGGUCGGAACGACUGGCGGUUCCGUCAAAAGGUGAUGGUCGACCGUGUCAUUCAGAUGGACCGCAAGCGCCCGUCGUUACAGCAGCUCGGAUACGUCUUACAACUGGAUCCUGGAGAGGUCGAGUUCAUGGAGCUGAAAUCGCUCAUGGUACUGUCUAUCCUCCACAACCGUCUGGUAAAACAGAGCGGGAAGAAUGGUGUCGACAGGUGUCUGUACCGAAUGCUUUUCAAUGCUCGUCAGGGCAAGUACGCCAACGGCGCGAUCGCUACAGAUGAUUUCCUCGAUAUCUGUGAGAAGGUUGGACAUCAGAAGCUGGAAUCGUUCUUCCAGCAAUGGAUCGUAGGAGCUGGAUGUCCUACUUUUCACUGUGUGCCUUCGUUCAACAAGAAGAAGCAGGUGGUCCAACUCACUAUCAAGCAGCUUCAGGCUGACUCAUCCAUCACGAAUAUUGACAGCGGUCUCGCCGCGGAUGACUUCAUGCGCGAAGCGAAGGAGAAGUCUCGCGACUUGCGGUCGGCGACAGGAUACCCCACUUUCGUUGGCCCGAUGACUAUUCGAAUCCACGAAGCUGACGGAACACCCUACGAACACAUCGUCGAUAUCAAUUCGAACAACGUCAAAGUAGAGAUUCCCUACAACACCAAGUACAAACGACUCAAGAGAAAUCGAUUGAACAAGGAGCGCAUGGCUGCUGCCGCGGGCCUUGAUGCUUCGGGCGAGACUCAAGAGGAUGUCACCUUUUACAUGCUGGGAGACCUUUUCACAUCUCCCCAGGAACACGAUGAAUGGCGACUAGACGAUUGGCCACCGGAAGACGAGGCUAAGCAAGAGGGGGAGGCUUACGAGUGGAUUCGAGUCGAUGCAGACUUUGAAUGGAUAUGUCGGACCAACAUCGAGGACAUGCCGUCAUACAUGUACGUCUCGCAGUUGCAGCAAGACAAGGAUGUCGUUGCACAAGCAGAGUCGAUACAGUUUCUCGCCAACAAGGAAGGUCAUAAGCUGAUCUCUACUUUCUUGGUCAAGACGCUGAUGGACAACCGAUACUUCCACGGUAUACGGACCAUGGCCGCUAAUGUUUUGGCUCAGAGUGCAUUGAAGCGAACAGAGUGGGUUGGCCUGUUCCAUCUGCAGAAGGCUUUCCGCGAGCUUUUCUGCUUACCCAACUCACCCAUGACUCGCUCCAACGACUUCUCUGAUCGUAGCAUGUAUCUGAUACAAUGCGCUAUCCCCAAAGCCAUUGCUAAGAUAAAGGGCGAAGAUGGCAGAUCACCACUAGAAGCGAAGCGCUUCUUGCUCGAUCUUGUUCGGUACAACGACAACCGCGGAAACGAUUACAGCGACGACCAUUAUAUUUCUACCUUGAUGCGCUGUCUUGCGGAGACACUCACAAAAACUACAGCCAGUGCCGACCUUAGUCACGAAGAAUGGGCUCAAGAGCAGGAUUUCACAAGCAAAGCCAUCGGAGAGCUUACCCGACACCAGAGACUUGACGAAUGGAUCCCUACCUACCAGAACGUUUACACAACCACCGCCCUUGACUGUGCGUUGAAGUUGGUCAUGAGCCGCGUCACCCCGUUCAAGCCAACCGAGUUUCUCCAGUACGCCCAGCUGGGAAAUGCAGACAACGUACGCUUAAAAGCUUGGGAGUGCUUGAUUCGGCUCGGCAUGAUCCGGAAGGAUACAGUCUUGAGAUUCCUCAUGCAUGAGAUUCGAUCCGAUCCUUCGCCGUACUUCAGAAAGCAGCUGCUACGUAUCUUUGGCAUUGCGAUUGGACAAAUCGCUACUGGAGACGUCUGGGCGCCGGAGAAGGCUGCGGACACUUCAGUAGGCACACUUAUGAUCGAGAACGAAGCCAGUAAUGCUGAGCGUGCAUCAGCUCUCGCCCGGCAGAACCUUAAUGGGGCUUUGAGAGGGUUGAAGAGCGACAUGCAAGGCAACCAAACCCUGCGUAUGGUCCUGGAAGAAGCCCUGAGGUCGAAAGUUUUGUCUACGAACGACAUGUCUGAGCUUUUGGACAUCUGCGACAUGAUCUUCGAUAACCAGAAGUCCAACAAGCUGCGUAUCAAACUGUCUAUGCCACGCUAUUGGAAGGUGGAGCACAUUGGAAAGGCAUCAGUGGUCUUCAAAAAGACCAACAAGUUCAGAUGGAGAUCGUUGACGCCUCUAAAGGAAGAGAAGAAGGAAGAUAAGGACGACAAGAAGGAAAAGGUGCCUGUUCCACCUGCCGCACUACCUACCCCACAACCCACAAGAGAUACAGCUGCUCCGGCUCCGAAAGCAGCACUGCCGAAGCUGUCGCUCAAGAUCGGAGCACCGAAGAAGCAGUCUACUGCAUCUACACCAGCAACUGCGGACUCUACACAGGCCUUACAGAGAAGCCAUUCUAUAGUGUUCUCACCCACUGUCUAUCACUCACCAUCCCCUGUACCAGUGUCCAAACCUGCAUCUCCAGCGCCAGUGCAAGCGCCAGUACCAGCACCACCGCCCCCGCCCCCUGCCGCUCCAGCCGCAACGGAUUCGCGUUCAUCGACUCCAGAAGUGCCGCUGAUGCAGCCGUCAAAGAAGAUAGCCACCCCAGCAGCGACCCCCAAGCCAGCGACUCCAGCACCAGCUCCGGUACAAGCUCCCACCGCUGCUCCUGCUCCAGUCACCAAGACUCCGGUCCCGCCACCCAAGGUCCCUACUCCAGCUCCUGCGCCUGCUCAAGCGAAGCCAACACCAGCGGUCAUCAAGGUACCAAAGCCUAUGGCUACACCGCCUGCUAUCGCAUCACCGGUCCCUCUGCCGGCGCCUAAGCUUAAGAUCAGGACCAAGACCGCUUCCGGCUCUACUGUGCCAUCAAGGCCCUCCAGCGCAGCUCCAUCACCACGUCCUAGUGCCGCUCCUUCACCUUGGCCAAGCGCAGCCCCUGCUCCGUCACGACCUGCUGCUACCAACCCUGCAUCCGUGGUCAGACCUGUAAUCAAGCAAAAGAGAAGCAAGAUCGUCAAGCUGCGAAUUCCACCCAAAAGGCUGGCAGGCUUUCUCGCUGGAGAGAACAAGAAACGUAAGAUGGUUACUGGAAACGGGGACGACGACAGGCCAUCUAAGCGACAGAGCUUCGAGCCAAGUAGUUUGUCAAACGGCAACGGCACUGCUAAGAGCGGUCUCGUCAGCGUGGAGAGGGGUGGUAGCAGUGGGCCAAGACUGCUACUCAAGAUGAAGGUAGGAAAGGCCAACUUGCCAGGCGAGAAGAAACGAUGA